AUGGCACGUCGGAACCAGGUUGUAAAUAUUCUGCUUGGACUGGCUUGUGCCAGUUCCACGGCUUGGGCCAACAAGAAGGCCUUCAACAUCCAUGAUGACCUAUUAGCUUACCCUCAAUUUGAGGUUCUUUUCCCCGAUGACUACGUCCUCGAGUCCCACGCCAGAGAGCUCUUACGAGAACGCAGUGAUAGCUCUUCUACUUUCGCCGAUACUCAAGAGAAAUCCGCUCAGGUGUAUCUAGGCCGCAGUACCCAUGACAACGACCAGGCGAAACCCCGGGAUGGCGAUGACGGAUUCAGCUAUGAGGAAAUGCUUUUAGGAGAACAGCGAUUUCUCUGCCAGAUCCCUCACGUCGAUGUCGACGAUCGGACCAAUUCCACGGGACAUCCUCACGAGGCGGACGAACAGAAGGAGCUGGCGCGCGCGAUGGAUCGGGGCCUGGAGCUCCUGCGCGAGAUGGAGGGCAAAUGCAUGUAUUAUAUAUCCGGAUGGUGGUCCUAUUCCUUCUGCUACAAGAACCAGAUUAAGCAGUUCCACGCCCUCCCCUCCGGGAGUGGCAUUCCCAACUACCCGCCCAUGGAGGACCAUACGACACACUCUUUCAUUCUGGGCAAAUUUCCUCAAGGAGAUGGCGACGAAGAUGAGGUAGAAGGGGCCGCCGACCAGAAGAAACCUGUUACAGAUGUGGCGGAGCUCCAGACGAAGGGCGGCUCCCGGUACCUGGUGCAACGAUUGGAUGGCGGCACGAAAUGCGACCUGACAGGUCGGGACCGGAAAAUCGAGGUCCAGUUUCAUUGCCACCCUCAGUCGACAGACCGCAUUGGUUGGAUCAAGGAGCUGACCACAUGCUCCUACCUCAUGGUCAUCUACACCCCGCGUCUAUGUAACGACGUUGCCUUCCUGCCGCCCCAGCAGGACGAGGUCCAUGGAAUUGAGUGCCGCGAGAUUAUUUCCCCAGAGCAAGUAUCGGACUGGGAAGCGCUCCGGGAGUACCAGCUGGCGCAGCGACUAGUGGAGUCAGCCGUAAUGGAGGAGCUCCCGGUCGUCGGAGACAUUCAGGUCGGUGCUCAGAAGCUGGUGGGAUCGGAAGGCAAGGAGAUCGAGAAAGGACGCGUCGCGUGGGCCGGAGAAGAGAUCAUCGAGGUCGUGGCCAAGCGCGAGAACGGGGAAGUGCAACAAUUGUCGCGCGAGGACCUGAAAAAGCACGAUCUGGACCCCGAGAAGCUCGAAACGUUGAAGAAGCGCUUGGAGGAGUGGGCUAAGGGUAAGGACUGGACGCUGGAGGUUAUCUCAGUCAACGGAGAACGUCAACUGCGCGGCCUCGUCGACGAUGACGAAGAGGAGGAAGACAACGGAGAGGGCUCCCAGGAAGAGAUGGUCACGGAUGCCGCCCCUUCCAAGGAGACGACUGAAGCUGAGGCGGCAGGGCAGGAGCCACAACCACAGCACCCGGAAGAACAGCAGCCAUUGGAGACCGACGAAGCUGAGGAGAUUACGAUUGUCCCAGUUGCCGUGUAUUGGGACUAUUGA